CGUGUGCGGCACCGUUCAUUGCACAAAAUCGAGUUUUGGAAGAGAUUUUAGUGAUCCUUAGUGGGGUACUCCUACAAGGUGAAGCUAAGCUGUCUCUAGUACAAGUAAAACUUCCACCCGUUGAACGGUUUGCCUACUUGAGGAUGUGUUUUUAAGGGCACGGAUAGAGCUUCCGACAUCCCUUAAUUUCAUUGACCCUCCACACGAGUUGAGGAAAAGGAGUUAAAAGAAGUACUCUGGCGAGCGCGAGGUGUACAUAAAUUGCUCUUGCUCGACUAAUAAGGGUCGACCGUGCAAAAGACUGCAGUUGGAACCCCCGCCAAGUGAAUGAAAUAAGAAAAAAAAAAAAAGUAAAAUGAAAGCAAAAAAGGGGUUCCAACGGUGAAAUGAAGUGAAAGAGCACCCCGGUACAACGAGUCCUUGGUUGUGAAUGGUGUGAGUCCCUUUAUCCAUGAACUGACUGUCUUACUUCUACUUCUUCUCAUGAUCCUGGCUUGAUUCUAGUACUCGCAUUGAGAGAGAUAGGGAACGUCUUAGAAGACCAGUUGACCUCGUAAGCUGCUAUAUGAUCUAGGAAAUCCUCUACCGACGAUCGGGGUUGAUGACUCGAUAUUUGCACAUGUUUUCCCCUUUGUUUCUUGAUCGUUUGAGAUUUAAUUAUCGCGUCUUUGCCCUAUUUUAUGCUAGGUUGUGUUCCUUUGUCACAUUUCAGGUCCUAGCACAUAAAGUGAAGCAUAGGCGCAAGUUUCAAGUCAAUCAGAGAUCAAUUGGCGAUUAGGGAGAAGAAACUCGGGCAUGACCUGAAGAAGAAUGGAUUUCUACCUCACUUUAUGGACAAAGAAUCAUACAAGCUUGUCAUGAAAAGAAAUAGGACAAGACUACGAGCGUGUGGGAUCAAACGGCGACUGAUUCGGAGUCCGGACGAGGGAGAAACAAAGCAUUGAAUAUAGGGGAACAUGUUCGGCAGUAAAAACACGGGCGCGCCAAAAUCAAAACACGGCCGUGCCCAUAUUUAGGCACGACCGUGUUUUGGCCGACGCGCGCGGGCGUGUUCUUAACAUGGGGCAAAGCACGGGUGGGCAAAACCAAAGCACGGCCGUGCCCUCGACCGUGUUUUGCCCAGAAUCGGGUUUUUUAACCCAAAUUCGAGCCAAAGGAGAGGGAGAGCUGGGUUUUGGAUCCCAAACACCCAAGGGACGAACCAAAGAGAGAGAGGGCGAUUUGAGGGCAUUCUUGGAGUGGAAUUGGAGGAUUUCUUUGCCUUGGAAGCUCGAGGAACAAGCCCGGACUUGAAGACUGAUCAUCUGAAGAUUCUUACUGCAGUCUCUCUCUUCUCUAUGGAGUAACUUCCCUUCACUUAGGUUUUGAGGAACCCUAGCUAUGUUUGUUUGAUUGGAUGAUUGUAUGAUUACUCUGACUUGAUAGUCUUGAGUUCAUAUUCAAUCUAUGCAUGUUUUCAUGAUUCAAUUCUGCUUUAGUCGAGAUUAUUGAUUCUGCUUUGAUCCUAUGAGAGCAAAUACCUGAUUAGGUCAAUAGAGCAUCAUAGAUUGAUAGUAGUGGAUCGAUUGCUUUAGUCGAGGGUUGAUUCACUGCUUUGUAUCGAUUGAGAACCUCUUUCGAUAGAGGGAUUCUAGUUCAGAACGCCUUGAUCGGCUGUUCUAGAGAAGGAUACGUCCCUCUAGGCAAUUGACUCAAGAGGGCCUUGUUCCUUUAGUCGAGACUCAAGGUCUAGUCAAGGAUUCUCCGCAUUGUGAAUGAAAGAGAAACAAGUUAGAAAUCAUCAAUCGUUAGUCUGGCUAGUGGCUAGGGGGAAUCAUACCUAAGUGAGUUCCCAACCUGUAAUUAGAUGAACUUUAACUGUAUUUUGCUAGAGUAGUUUUAGUUCUUUAAUCUUAAUCUGGUUUGCUAAAUAAUAAACUGAAGUUGAGUAAUAGUAACUCUAGAGACCCGUGGAUUCGAUAUUUAUCACUUGAGCCACUAUACUGCAGUCCCUUUCAUUGGUUACACUUGGCCUUUGUUAGGAGUUGUUUCAUAGCGGGUCAAGUUUUUGGCGCCGUUGUCGGGGACUUUCUAGAGUAUUAGGAAACGUAGAAGUUUGUUACUUUAGCGUUUUUCUUUUCUUUUCUUUUCCACCCUUGCUUUUCACUUGGGUGUUUUUGUGUUUGUUGGUGCAGAUCUAAAUCAUGGAUCCUCAUGGCUUCUCCAACAAUUGGGGGUAUCCACCACCACCUGAGUGGUAUAACCUCGAGACUCCCUGGAGCAAUCAAGGAGGAGAAGACUAUGGAUUCGGGUUCCAGUACCAACCCCCUUACUACAGAGAACAACCGGACCCCUGGGCAUGUCAAGAACAACCUCAUUACCAAGAAGAAUUUCGCCCACAACCAGAAGGGCCAUCGGCGCUAGAGUUACCCAUGGCGGCCUUCACGUGCCAUUCUGCAGAGCCAUGCUACACUCCACAGCCAGAUCCAAACUAUGAACUGAGGCUUCUCAUCUGUGAGAGAACAUGCUCCAGGAUGGAUCAUUGUGCCCAGGCCUAUCGUGAAACAGAGGAGAUCCUCCUGAGCCUUAAGAAGAGCGUCGAUGAUCUUGAGCGAUUUUGGGCACAACCUGCUCCAGAUCACCCUUCUGCUACCAUACUAGAAGAGGAGGAGGAAGAAGGCUACAAGGACAUUGUGGAGCACACUAAAGAUGUUACGGAGAGCUCCCGUGAUGAUCAUGAUCAGGAAUUUCCUGUCAUAGCCGACCACACCUUCCCACAUCCCAAACUGAGCUUUGAAGAGGCGGGCAUGAGUGAGGAGAUGCAAGAAGAUCUCAUGAAAGAAAUUGCUUGGCAGCUUGCUCUCCAAUCCGUGCUAGAAGAAGAAGAGCAAGAAAGGGUGCAGAAAGAAGUUGUGGAGGAUGCCGAAAGUGAAGCAGAAGGAGUUCUUGAUCAUUUCCCAGGGGUGGUACCUCAUGAAGAAGAAAGGGAGGUUGAAGAAGCAAUUGGCGUCCAGACUGAGGACGAAGUUGAGGUGGAAGAGGCUUGCACCGGCCUUGAGUUGCAGGUGAUAUCUCCACCGAAUUUCGAGGAACUGCUUAGCAAGGACCCAUUUGCAGUGUCUCUUUGCCAGACCAAGGCCACAUCGACAUCGGUCCCUCUUGGUGGACGCGAUGGUGGUCAAUCGAUGUUGUCAUAUCUGGUUUGGGGCAAUGAGACGAGAGAAGAGAGGAAGAGGUCUCGAGGGUGGAGACUUCAUCUGCAUCAAGUGCACGAGCUUCCAUCACCUGUCAUACCACAUGCUCGUGACUUGAUACUCCACCUCAUUGACGACAACCUCAACUUCAAGGAGGUUUUGGGGUGGACCGAAACUUAGGAGCUAUCGUCCGGCUCACGACGUGAAAGAAGAGCUUGUUGGGAGGCAACCCAACCAGUCGGUUUGCAUUUCUUUCCCUAUUUCUCUUCGGUUGAGUCAGUUUUGUUCUUUGAUUUUAGAGUCAAUAACUCAACCUUUGUGAG